GGGACCCAUUCUGUCCUGCAUAGCCCACAAGCAUACAACACUGAGGACCUAGUACUGCAGGGGACUAUUCUGUUCUGAAAUUGCCCCAAGCAUAGAGUACUGGGGACCUAUUCUGUGCUGGAAAUCCAACGAGCAUGGAGUAUUGAGGACCUAUUCUGUCCUGGAAAUCCCACGAGCAGGUAUGACAUCAAUAUCCAUGCAGGUUAAGGUUAAGGUGACAACAUAAGGCGCUAGUGUGUUAAUGUACCUGUCAUGUCUGCAACAUUACGACAUGCAACAGCUGCACAUAACGACGACAUCAACCGGAGGUGCGCAAUGUGCAUACAGCUUAGCACUGGGCCUUUAAAACCAAGUAAUGCGCAUUGUCAAGCUCGCGUUGUAACAAUGUCGAGGUCAGUAAACUAGACCCUAAUUCAGAAGAUAUUAACACACGCCAUAUGUUUACAUUGUAUAAAUCAAUCAAGAUGGAAUAUCUCAGCGAUAAGACCGGCGACGCCCCCUAACGGAAAGGGGUUUGAGAUUGACACCCCCUCCGUGCACCCCCAUCCUCCUUCCUCCCUCCCCCGAACAGUGUACCAGACCAGGGGCGCUGGUAGAAGACUUGUUGUAGCACUGGGCAUCAUUAACACAUGCAGGGUCAGGAUACUGAACACCCGUGAAUGAACAACAUGGCCAACGCGUGCAGAAAACAGUCAUGUUUCAAUCUGCAGAACUUUCCCAUGACACGGGAAUUCUUGGCGGAAUUCCUGGGAACUUUCAUCCUCCUGGUAUUUGGUGAGGGAUCAGUCGCCCAGGUGGUUCUCAGUGAGGGCAAGAAUGGAUCCCCCCAGUCCAUCUACUGGUCGUGGGGGAUAGGCGUUACCAUGGGGAUAUACGUGUCGGGGGGAGUGUCCGGUGGCCACCUCAACCCUGCCGUCACCGUGGCCCAGGCGGCCCUGGGGAGGCUGCAGUUGAAGAAGGUGCCGGUCUACCUCCUGGCUCAGUACCUAGGGGCCUUUGUCGCCUCAAUCCUCGUGUACCUGGUGUAUACAGACGCACUACAUCACUACGACGACGGGGUCCGGGCUGUAGUCGGCAACGCCUCCACCGCCGGCAUCUGGGCAACCUACCCGCAGCCCUUCGUCUCUACAGCGAACGGCUUCGGUGACCAGGUUUUCGGCACUGCGAUCCUGCUGAUAUGUGUGAUGGGAGUGACCGACCCCCGGAAUAUGUCCCCACCCUCAGGCCUUAUCCCUAUCAGUGUGGGCUUGAUCGUCGUGGCCAUUGGCAUGACAUUCGGCUUCAACUGCGGGUAUGCUAUCAACCCGGCAAGGGACCUCGGACCGCGAAUCUUCACCGCUUUAGCAGGCUGGGGAUCAGAUCCUUUCAGCUUCCGUGACUUCAACUGGUUCUGGGUGCCUAUCCUGGGGCCCCAUAUAGGUGCUAUACUCGGGGCCUACUUCUACCAGGCGUGUGUAGGCUUCCACUGGCCUACUGAGGUCGACAUCUCCUCUGACACCAAAGACGUAAGCAAGGAGACGGGGCAUGUGAAUGUUGGCUUUGAGCUCAAUUGAUCAUUUCGAUGGCAUGGAACAGAUGAAUCUCGCCAGUUGAUGCGGCUCGACCUAUAUACUCUCGUUAGGCGGCGUUCAGUGACUCGUCUUUGCAUACAACGUUGUCUGCUGUGUUGUUACAACGCUCAAUCUGUUUUCACUUUCUUGUGACAUUGCUACCUGUUGCCACGUCUUUGGUUGGAUCAAAAGACGUUGUCACCUUGGUAUGGUGUUGUAAACCUUCGUAUUUGUUAUUGCCUGUUUUUCAUCUGUUAUGCUGGUAUUCUUGAAACCUCGAGAAGUCCCGUACUGGCGUACUUAAUGUGUCUUAAGGCAGUCAUUGUUAGUUCAUUUGACUGUUAUAGUAAUCUCAUUCACACGAUCAGGUGGUCAGGGUCGGUGACCUGGUUGACUUCUUGUCAUCGUAUCCUAACAGCCUCGAUGUUCAUGAUGUCAAUCACUGAUUGUCUGGUCAAACAAACAUGAAUCCCUUAUACCCCGCCACGAAGAAAACGACUGCAAGUGGAUUUCUGAGCGGGGAAUGAAUCCAUUAUACCCCGCCAUGAAGCAAAAAGCUAUAAGUUGUUUAGCAGUCAGUGAAAUAAUCUCAGCUCAAUCGAACAGCUGUCGUCUAUUAAUUUUCAAUUUGUUUUAAUUCUUUUACAAUUGCAGAUUGAAAAAUCCGUGGUAGCAGUAUCACGAGGGGUAUAUGUGGUUUUAUUCGUCCAUCGUUUGGUUUCAUAGAACUCGUCUCCGGCUCGAGGUAUAAAAGCUAACGCGGGACGCAUAAAAUAACAUGUACCCCGUGAUACUGCUUCAGCUUAUAUUGUUUUAUUAGAAUGUAGUCUUAUGAUAAUAAAUAUCAAUAUAACUAGACCAGUGGUAUUAAACUAUUUCGGUUCAGAAAUCAUGGUGGUAACAAACGGAAAACAAACUUUUAAGUAUUUCAUUGAAGUGCUCCACAUUUUGUAUUCUUUUUAACCUUGGAUCGGAAAUUCAGAUAUAGUUGUUUAGGAUUUUCUUAUGAGAUAUGAAAUCUAUUCCACAUAGUCAAUCUUUACAUGCAUACAGCGAGGUCUUUGAGUAAUUCAUCUUUUCAAGUACUCACGGGCGGCGGGGUAGCUUAGUGGUUAAAGCGCUCGGUCGUCAUGCCGAAGACCCGGGUUCGAUUCCCAAAUGGGUACAAUCAGCCGUGAUAUUGCUGGAAUAUUGCCAAAAGCGGCCUAAACCCAUACUCAUCACUCUCAAAGUACUAUUUUUACUUAAUCGAUAUUCUGUCCGAUGGGUCAAAGUCGACCUGAAUAAAGAGAUUUGUAUUGUUUUGGUUUGGGUCGGCGAUAUACUUAAUUGGGCGACCUGAUUAUAGACAGGCCCUAGUCAUUGAGUAGAUGUCAUAAUGUUUGGUCUAAAUAUUGUACAUAAUGUUAUAUUAUUCGGUUAUUAUUCCUACUCAUCAAUUACGCUCAAUUGGCCAGUUGCUCUUGGCGCAUAAUAAACAUACCUCACAGAAGCAUGUCUUUAGUUGUAUAGUUUCCACGAUUAGGUAUAUACCAUGUCAUAUUCAAUAACGUUCAAUUAUUCAACACUAUUGAACACUUGAAAUAAACUAUGCCGUUUUUAUACCUAA